UGGAUGCUAUGGCUCGAAAUGGCUGUCGAGUUAUGUAGAUUUCAGCACUGGACAGCUCCCGGUAAAGAUUUGUCCCCGCUCUUGCACAAUGCUUUCCUCUGACUGGCUUUCAGCAACUCCCCCGGGAACAUUUGGUCGAUAGUACAGAAGGUGCACUAGACUUGACGUCAGGGCGAUGCUUUGCGUAGCAUUCGGUGCGUAAACACUGUUUUCCAUUCAAGCUCAAAGGUAUCCCACUUUCAUUCCGUCUGCUUGCAUCCAGCUCAUGAGAAAAGCAGUUUGCUUUCCCACUUACUAAAGCAGCAACCCGAGUCCAGGAAGCGUCUGCAAUCAUUCUGCAUUUUUUACUUCUCUAAACCCUUUUGUUUUUCGUAAAUCAAGAUAAUUAUGAAACAAAAAUAUUGCCUUUCCUUGCGAUGUGUAGCUGUAACGGUGUUUGCAAUUUGCUGUGCACCGGGCAUGGCCAAUGAAGACAAACAAUACGUUAAUGAGUGGGCAGUGGAAGUGCUUGGAGGACCCGAGGUGGCGAAAGCUAUUGCCGAAGAACUGGAUUAUGAUUUUAUGGGUCAGAUUGGAACACUUCAAAACCAUUAUCUACUCAGACACAAAAUUCAUCCACGAAGAUCUCGAAGAAGUGCUGAUCACUUUACGAAAAGAUUGUUUGAAGAUGAACGGGUAUCUUGGGCAGAACAACAGUACGAAAAGCAAAGAAGUAAGCGGUCUCCAGUAAGGGACUGUAGAGAUUGUAUGGCAGAGAAAAUGUUUACUGAUCCCAUGUGGAAUCAGCAAUGGUAUCUGCAAGAUACAAGGACUUCAUCAAUGCUCCCGAAACUAGACCUUCAUGUUAUCCCUGUGUGGAAGAAGGGAAUAACAGGCAAAGGAAUUGUGCUAACUGUGCUUGAUGAUGGAUUGGAAUGGAAUCACACAGAUAUUCAAGCAAAUUAUGAUCCGGAAGCAAGCUAUGAUUUUAAUGAUAAUGACCCUGAUCCAUUCCCCAGAUAUGACCCAACUAAUGAAAAUAAGCAUGGUACCAGGUGUGCUGGGGAAAUUGCAAUGCAAGCUAAUAACAAGAAAUGUGGUGUAGGAGUGGCUUAUAAUUCAAAAGUUGGAGGUAUCAGAAUGCUGGAUGGCAUUGUAACAGAUGCAAUUGAGGCCACUUCAAUUGGAUUCAAUCCACAGCAUGUGGAUAUUUAUAGUGCAAGCUGGGGUCCAAAUGAUGAUGGAAAGACUGUGGAAGGUCCUGGGAGACUUGCACAAAAAGCAUUUGAACAUGGCAUUCAGAAGGGUAGAGGAGGAAAAGGGUCAGUUUUUGUCUGGGCAUCGGGGAAUGGCGGUCGUCAAGGUGAUAACUGUGACUGUGAUGGGUACACAGAUAGCAUCUAUACAGUUUCUAUAAGCAGUGCAUCACAGCAAGGGCUCUCUCCAUGGUAUGCAGAAAAAUGCUCUUCCACCCUGGCUACAGCUUACAGCAGUGGAGACUACACAGAUCAAAGAAUUACAAGUGCCGAUCUUCACAACGACUGCACAGAGACUCACACUGGCACAUCAGCAUCAGCCCCAUUGGCUGCAGGCAUUAUUGCCCUUGCUCUAGAAGAAAACCCAAAUCUUACCUGGAGGGAAUUGCAACAUUUAAUUGUCUGGACUUCUGAAUAUGAUCCACUGGCCAACAACCUAGGCUGGAAAAAGAAUGGAGCCGGCCUAAUGGUGAACAGUCGAUUUGGGUUUGGCUUGCUCAAUGCCAAGGCGUUGGUUGAUAUGGCAGAUCCUAAAACCUGGAAGGGAGUGCCAGAGAAGAAACAAUGCAUUGUCAAAGAUAAUAGUUUUGAAUCCAGGGCUUUGAAAGCUGGUGGAGAGGUUACUAUAGAAAUCCCCACCAAAGCUUGUGAAGGGCAAGGCAAUAAUAUUAAAGCUUUGGAACAUGUCCAGCUGGAGGCCACAAUUGAAUAUACUCGGAGAGGAGACCUUCACAUCACUCUGGUAUCUCCUGCAGGAACCAACACUGUGCUCUUAGCGGAGCGUGAAAGGGACUCAUCACCAAAUGGUUUUAAGAACUGGGCCUUUAUGUCAGUGCAUACCUGGGGAGAGGAUCCAGUGGGUACAUGGCUGUUAAGGAUUACUGAUGUGUCUGGAAGAAUGGAAAACAAAGGCGAAAUCAUUGACUGGAAAUUAAUUUUACAUGGUACCUCCACCAAACCAGAGCACAUGCAGAAGCCAAGGGUAUACACUCCUUAUAAUGCUGUUCAGAAUGACAGGAGAGGUGUAGAAACCAUGGAUGACCUUAUAGAGGAUGACAUUUUCAGGGACAUUGAUCCUAGAAAUCCAUACAGAAAGGGGAACACCAGCAAAGAAAAUGUAAACAUAGAAGACACUAAAGAAGAAGCGGCCUUACACGCUACUUCUGCUCAAAAGCCAUACGACCAACAAAAUCAAGAUAAUAGAGCUCUGCAAUUUUUCCAUCGCAGUAGGUCCCAUGAUGAUUUGAAAUUACCUAGUCAGAACUUCUAUCAAGCCACUGGAAAAUUAAACAAACAGGCCUAUUUGAAAGACUUGGAGGACAGUGAAUUAAAUGAAUACAGUGACCAGCUUUAUGAUACCAAAUCUAUUACGCAUAGAGAUGAUAGAUUGCUUCAAGCUUUAUUAGAGAUGCUGGCAGACAGCCAAUAAUCAUUUGGUUGUGGGCAGGUUUUGUGUUAAGUAUUGUCUUGGUAUAUCUGUGAUUCUGUGUAAAGAAGUAAAUGAAUUUGACAAGAAAUAAUCUUGACAAAACAUUUAAACUAUAUUUUCAUUAUUUAUUUAUAGAUGGUCUAUAAUUUUCAUAAUGUCCAUCAAGUAUUGUGUGAUUAUGUUGUUUCAUGGUACAAAAAUGCAGGCUUUGGACCUGAAACAAAUAUUAAGACCACAUCCAAAGAUCAGAAGCAUGAUACCAGUAAAAUAUAGUCCAAUAGAAUCCAACCUAUCAGUUAAUUGUUUAUAAGCAAAUCAUUAAUACUUUAUAAGAUCUUUAUCGUAGAUCUUUUGUUAACAAAGGAUUUAUUUUGCUAAUGAGUGCACAGAUUAAUUAGCCCUAGUUUCACAAAAUUGUUGCUUACUUGAUUAAUUGUUUGAUGAUGUGGAAAGCUUGACAAUUUAAUAUAAUUUUUACACAAAAUACUUUAUCAUAAAAGCAACUGUCAUUUGUCUUGGCCAUGAUUUUUGUUGUUUGCAUCACUGAGUUCCAACCAAAUGGCCAAGUCCCUGAGUAAUUUACUGUUUUGAUCUAGUGAUCUGCUGUUAGAGUGAAUUUUAAUUCAGCUGUUCACUAAACAAGAAAGGUGUGUCUUAAUCAUGAAGUAUUCAGUCUCAAUGGAGAUAAAAUCUUCCAAUUUUCCAAAAUUAGAGCAAUGGAUGUAAAUUUAAGAAAGAUUCACAGUUUGAUGUAGGCCACAAACAAACUUUGGGCAUGAGUAGAAACUACAUUAUAAUUCAAGGAAAAAUUGGAAUCAGUACAUAUACGAGCUAGACAGCACCAAAUAUCAUUGAUUAAGAAGUGAUAUUUUAACAUUCAUGAAUAUUCUAACUCGUUUGAGGUGAAAAUCAUUUACACAUUCAACAGAAUUCAUUUUUAUGUGCCAAUGUACAAAUGUCUGCUAACAUAACAAGUGUUUCUGUUGUUAAAACUACAAUUGGAUUGCUCAACCAGUUGGCACAGUACCUUCACACAUCUGUAACUUGGAGUCAAAAUCUAAACUGAUGGGAAAAUAAUUUUCUUUCUCUUCUCUCUUUUCUGUUGGAAGGUUCUACGUAAAAUGAAUUGUCAGUCCCAAAUACUGUUUAAGGAACUAGUAUAAUCCUCCAUACUCUGUGGCAGUAAUUGAUAUUAUCCAAGUUAGCUAACACAAAGCUAUCAAAACAUUGUAAUUACAAUUGAAAUGCUUCACUGCAGUGAGGUUGAGAUUCAGACACAUCUUAGAUCUAAAGUUAGUUCCUAUUUACAUUGUUAAAAAUCACACAACACCAGGUUAUAGUCCAACAGAUUUA